AACCCUGCUGCUAACUCAAGCACUUUUCUGUCUCUCUCUCACGCUCUCUUCCUUCGCCAAGCUUUUUGUAGGGUUUCUGUUCUACCAAUUCAUAUCGAUUAGUGUCAAUGGUCGAGGAAUGGCUACUUCUCUGUCGUCUAGGUUAAUCCGCAAAGUUUGCACAUUGAGGUCCUUACUUUUAUCUCCUCUCUGUCACGCCCCAUUUCUUGAGUCCUCUAAGUACUUAGACACUGGCUUCAAUACCAAUCUCACUCCCUUAAAUGCGUUCGAGAAUACAUGGGACAUUAGGGCCUUUUGCUCUCGAGCAUCGAGCUUGGAUGUCGAACAAGGUCCGGCGACCAUAGAUUACAGUUCUCUAUUGCAGGAGGAUGAGUAUCAUAAGUUGGCUGAUGCAACCAUUAGUGACUUGCAAGGGAAGUUUGAGGAAUAUGGUGACUGCAUUCAAGUUGAUGGCUUUGACAUAGAUUAUGGGAAUCAAGUUUUGACUGUGAAGCUUGGGAAUCUGGGUACCUAUGUUUUGAACAAGCAAACACCAAAUCGACAACUGUGGUUAUCUUCUCCUGUGAGUGGACCAUCUAGGUUUGAUUGGGAUCGGAUGAGUCAAGCAUGGGUCUACAGGCGGACCCUGGCCAAUUUGUUGCAUCUUCUAGAAUCAGAAGUAAGCCAGCUAUGUGGUGAACCUAUUUGCCUGUCCUUACCUAUCAAAGCUUAAGGACAACUAGGUACUGUCUGUUUCCAUUACCACAUGGAUCUUUCAUGGAUUAUGAGAUUCUUAGAUAUUUUGGUUUAAACAGUUUCCAUGUAACCUUGAAUAGAGACAUUUGGAAAGAUCACAUGUACGUCUCAUUUGUCUAUCUGGACUCUCGACUUAAUUGAGGUUGCUUCACAUACUUUAUUAUAUUAUGAUUAAUGAAAAUUAAGUCUAGAUAUUCGUGAAGC